GAAUGGGACUCUGUCCUUGGAGCUGUCCAACCUCACCUCCCAGAAUUUGGGCUCGGUGCCAGCUGGCUAUACGGACUUCGAGAUCCAGCUGAUCUCCACCUCGGACAACCGCAUGCGAGUUCAGCUGCGCGACGCGGGCGGGGCUUGCGUCGUUGGGGAGGACUGCCUGCUCAACACCUCUUGCGACAAUGCUUCGCAAUUCUGCCAUGAGCACCAGGGCAUGUUGGUGUCGUACGCCAAGCAGAGCUUCCCGGUGGGGGUGGAGGAAUGGGUGCGCCUGAAGGGCGUGCUGAUGUCGUCCUUCAGGGUGGAGAUUGCGCUGGAGAGGUGGAGCAGAUCGGUGUCUGUGGGGCGGCUGCACUACGCCCACCAGGGCACCUUGGAAUGCCCCAAGCCGCUUCCUGGGUGCACGCGCUGCAGGGACUACCAGGGCUGCGCCGUCAACGAGUCGCCGACCUGCCGCGGAGGCCAGGAGAUGCCCUUCUGCUCCUCCGAGCCCGUGCUGCCGGAGAAGCAGGAUUGGUUCGAGAUGCGCUUCUCCCCGCCUGUGGGAGCGACGUCGAACUGCGAAUGUUGCCACCUGCCUGUGGAGGAUGGCCCAGUGAAGGUGGGCCUCGGCCUGGCGGUGUCCAACAGCAGCGCCCAGGUCACCCUCACGGCGCUGCACGCCUUGUUCCGCUGGGUCAACCAGGAGCGGGGCGGCCUUUGCGUGAACUCCUCCAACGGAACCUCUCGCCGGCGUGCGGAGCUGCUGGUCUUGGACACGCAGCAGAGGCCCGAGCUGUCCCGCGCUGCGGUGCAGCGCUUGGCGCUGGACCACGGGGUGGAGCUCUUCCUGGGCCUCGAGGACGUGGACGCCAUGGCGGACAUGGCGCAGCGCCUCCAGGCUUUGCUGCUGGCCCCGGUUGCGGCCAGCGACGCCUUGCGCUGCGACUUCUGCUUCGGCCUCGCCGGCGCCCCGCGGCGCUUCCUGGCACCGGCGCUGGCGCUCGUCGCUGCGAAAGCGCCAGGCCGAAGGUCGGUGGGGUACCUUCAGGCGGAGGACGCCGUGUCACGGGAGACCUGUUCCGCUGUGCGGAAUCUGACGGCCGCAUAUGGCAUGGACCUCAUUUGGGCAGGUGAGUCCAGCAACUUGACAAGUUCGGGCCUCCAAGCGGAUGUGCUGAUCUUGUGCACGCAGCAGUUCACGCAGUGCUUGGACUUCAUCCAGGCGGCGAGCGAGACAUCGGCAACGGCAAUCGUGGUAUCCGGGCCCUGCGUGUCCAGCGGCCUCCUCCAGCUCCCGCACGGCGGCUUCGUGCUGGGGGUCGCGCCCCGCGACCUCUGGGCAAGCUACACUCCCAACACGGUGGAUGCAGGGUAUCAGCUCGAUGGGCAGGACUUCUCAGGGCUUUUGAAGCAGAUCCCCGGAUUGGAGGAUUCCGAAGACCUGCAGCUGCAGGCAGAGAUGGCCGCGCUGGCCAGCGGCAGGCACCUGGCGGCCCUCCACUGGGCCGCUGCGGCGGUGCUGCUGACGGCCGCCCAAGGCGGCUCCGCCGAGGCAGCUGCUGAGUACUUGGCGUCGCUGCAGCCCGGGGACUUGCAAACGAUUGUAGGCCCUGUGCAUUUCGGCGGGGAUCGGCAGGGUGCGGCCGGCGCCGUGGUGGUGCAGAGCCUCCUGGCCGAGGUUCAGCGCGUGGCGGUGAGCCAAGAGGGCUUGGUGUGCACCUUCGAGGACUGCUUUGAUGCCACAGGCGCUGCGCUGAAUAGCAGUAGCUCGCUCGACCUGCAGCGUGCAGUGCUCCCGCUGCCGCAGGCAGAUCGCGAGUGCUUCCGCUUGGGCCCCACCGCCUUCGGCUUCUUGCCGCCCCCGAUCGCUGUCUGCGGACCCUGCGGCUCCCAGGUGUCCGUCUACGACCCAGAGCUGCAGCGCCGCUUCUGCCAGAGCUGCACUGAGGCAGAGUUUCUCCAUACGUACGAGAACGGCACGGGGGCGUGCCUGCCCUGCGCCAGCAACGUCUCGUGCCCGGGCCAGCGGAGGCUGAACUGCGGCUGCGCCCCGUGCCCUCCAAACACCUUCGGCGCGGGCGACGGCCGAUGCGAGGACUGCCCUGUGGGCCAGUUCUCCGCUCCUGGGACAUUGGCCUGCAGCUUGUGCCCCGCGGGCAAAAGCAGCGCUGGCGCCGGGGAGUGCGUCAACUGCACGGCCGGCACCUUCAGCAUCUCCGGGACUUGUAGCCCCUGCCCCAGCGGCACUGUCGCGGACCUGGACGGCGCCACGGAGUGUGCGGUCUGUGCGCCAGGGCACCGCAGCAGCUGGGACGCCGCCAGCUGCGAGCCCUGCCCUGAGGGGUCCUUCCAGCCGGAGCCCAACGCCUCCGAGUGCCUGGACGCGGUGGAAGGCGCGGACUUCCAAGGCGCGGGCCUGGUGACCGGGGUGAACCAGGAGGGCUUCUGGACUCGGAGGAAUCGGCCGCUGUCGGCGCCCUCGGUGAGUUGGGAGCCGUGUCGCGUGCCCGGCGCCUGCCUCCGCAACGAGCGCUGCGCCGUGGGCGCCUGCGGCGCCCAGUGCCAGAGCUGCCUCCCCGGCCACGUGCCCGCGCCGGCCUUUGCCUUCGGAUCGACCUGCGUCGCGUGCCCAAGCGGACCGCAGACUCCGCUGGUGCUGGGACUCUUCGCGGUGCUGAUAUUGUGGCUGGCCAUGUGGCUGGCGCGGCUGGGGCUCACGCGUCAGGACAAUCCGAAAGACCUGCGCCUGGGAUAUGUGAAGAUCCUCCUGCUCUACGGCAUCUGCUGCGAUGCCCUGGCCACCACAGCCAUCGAGAUGCUUUCCAGCCUCCAGACCAGCCUGGGUCUCGAGCUCACCUCGCUGCUGGCGCAGGGCCUCUCGGCGUUCGCGCCCUCCGCGUUUCUCCGCGGCGCCGCGCGCUGCGGCGCGGACUGGGCGGUGCGGCGCCUGGGGCACGUCGCGAGCCUCGAGGCGGCGGCCAGCAGCUUCGUGGCUGGCGAUGCUGGUGCCGUCCCUUCGGCUGCGAUGCACUGGGAGAGUUUGGCGGAGGCGCUAAAAGGUUUGCGGCACUCCACUUGGUUCCAGCCGGAGUCGCUAGACUUGCGCGAGCAGCUGAAGGACUACCAGUCCUCGGUGGAGCUCUGCGCUCUGCUCUUCUGGCUCUGCGCGCCUCUGGCCUUGGCCUUCCUCGCCUUUGCGCUGUGCCUGGGCCGCGUGGCCUUCGUCCUGCGCCGGGCCAAGGCCUUCUACGCCCGCGCCGCGGAGUUCUACGAGGAGCUGGUGCAAGAGGGGACCAAGCAGGUGCUGGCGCAGUACGACGCGGAGGACUGGUUGGCCUUCAGCAAGGCCUACUUCCAGCGCCUGGCCUGGCUCUGGAACUCCGACCUGGCCCAGGAGGAGGGCGUCCGGGACUUCUUGAAGGCUUUCGGGUCCCAGGGCCGCCCUUUGCUGCUGGCGCUGCUGCUGGUCUUGUACGGCUACGUGCUGGAUGGGCUGCUGGAGCUCUGCGCCUGCUUGCCUCUGCUGCCCCAGGAGACUUUGCGGAGGGUCACGGUGGCGCCCGAGCUGCCGUGCUGGGGUCUCAUGGGCAAGCUGGCCUCAGGCUUGGCGCUCUUGUGGGCUCUGGGUGUGCCGGUGCUGCUGAGCAACCAGCUGCGGAAGGUGCGGAACGAGCUGCCGGACGACUUCGAGUUCCCGCCAGCCUUCUGCGUGCUGAGCUUCGGGUAUCGCUUGGGGUGCUGGAACUGGGAGAUGUACGUCUUCCUGCUGAAGGCGGGGAUUUUGGUGUCGUUGCGGGUGCUGGGCCCCUCCGGCCGCAGCAGCUUCCUGUUUCUGCUGGCGGUGCUGCACGGCUUCGUGUCGAGGGCGUUCGGCCCCUUCACGGCGCGCUCGGACUUCGCGCUGGUGAAGGCGGACAACCGCUUCGCGCUGUUCUUCGUGGGCCAGAGCAUCCUGGUGCAGGUGCUUGCGGUGUCCAGCACCAUCCCCAUCGUCAUGAAGAUCUUAGCGGUUUCUCUGGUGGCAGUGAUGCUGUGCCUGAAUUUGCUGAUGGUGCUCUCCCUUUUGCGCGCCUGUCUGGCGUGCUGGCAGGACACCUUCAUCGAGAGCUACGAGUUCUACGAAUGGGCCUUGUGGCGCGACGGCAAGCGGAACCGCCGCUGCCUGGGGCUCUCGUACCGCCUCACCAACCUGCUGCUGAGGCGCUACAAGCGCCGGGUGCGGCAGCGCGCCUACGUGAGCUUCGACUCCCGGCGCGGUUGGCUCACCGUCUGCGGCUCCCACGGGGACGCCGCCAUGGCCGUGGCCAACCUGGCGGCCAACCUGUCCCAGGCCCCAGCGGUGCCGGUGCCGGAGGUGCAGGCGGCCACCUCCGCGCAGCGCCGGAAGGUGCAGAAGUACCUGCAGCAUACCGCGGAGCGGCUGUGCCUCAUCAAGGGCUGCCCCACCUUCAGCGUGCUGGAGCUGGAGUUCAUCAUCCGCGCCGCCUUCGUCUUCGCGCGCCGCGCCGAGCUCGCAAGGAGCAAGCUCACGAAGCAGCUGUCCUUAAUCUCCAGGGAGGAGUCCUUUAUGGGCAUGGACGCCUUGCAGCUGCUCUGGGACUCCAUGGAGGCCGACGGGGCACCGGACGCCGACUCUGAUGCCGACGCCGACGACGUGCCUGCUGCUGCGCGCGGGCGGAAGUCCACCUUUGCGCGGCGGACGCGGAAGUCGACGUUUGCGAGGCAGACUCGGGAGUCUACUUUUGCGAGGCAGUCUCAGGCGUCCACCUACUCCGAAUACUCCAUGGGGCCAGUGGAGCCAACGGAGAGUAUGGGCAGCUCCUACGAGCCGCUGAGCGCGUCGGUGCGCAAACGCUUCAGAACAUCGCUGCUCACCGAGAGUUUCUUCAAUGAUCCCACGAAAGUGCUGUUCUUCUACAGCAGGGUGGAGUUCAUUCGACAGGCUGAAAUGCGGAAGGUGCAAUCCAACGUGCGGAACCGUCUCUCCACGAUUCCAACCGAGAGGACAGCAGCUAUGGACCAAUGCUUUGCAUUGAUGAGAUGGCUAUGGGCCACGCUCGAGAAUCUGCCCGCUCGCAUGCAGGGUCGCUCGGUGGAGAAGCCGCAGGUCGAGGUCCUGCAGCGCCGUACCGCCAUGAGGAGCAACAUCAUCGGCGGCGGCCUAGAUGUGACAGACCCGGUGAUGCAGGAGAUGUUCAGCGAGGAGACCUUUGCGCGGGGCCUGGAGCUCCAGGAUUUCCAGAUGGGGCUCAUCGUGGUGGAGCACACCAAGGAUGCCGACCUCAAGCUGCUUCAGGACGCGUUUCAUGACCGCUGGUUUCAGCACAGGCUGCUGGUGGAGCAUGACAUGCGGAUGCAGCAAGGCCACCUCAAGGAUCAAGGCGUGCAGGCAGAUGCUGAGGAGGAACUCGGAGAACAGUACGUGCAGGCGGGUCAAGCCCGUUGA